UACUUAAUGGCCUGGACUGGGUGAGAAAAUAUACGCUUCAGAGUUUUGUUCUCGCUCGCUAUUCUUCAGCAUGCCAAAUGCACCUACUCGCUCCACCGUUGCGCGGUUAAUGACUUUGUUGCAGUCGUCCGCCAAAGCCUGUCCUUGCCAUUCCCACGCACAUUCACACCACCACCACCCCAGCACCACAACUGCCUCCUUCAAUAGCCUGUUGCAGUAUGGCAGACAGUAUGCUAGUGCUCAGGAUCCAUCACAGCAAAAGGAAUAUGCCUUUGAGAUGGCGGCUAGUAACAUCCGUUUUGGAGAAGGUGUAACAAGUGAAGUUGGCGCAGAUUUGAAUAAUCUGAAGGCCAAAAAGGUUGCGGUUUUUACUGAUCCUAAGAUUGCCAAACUUCAUCCAUUGAAGGCAGUUGUCGAGUCACUUGAACGCAACAAGGUCAACUAUGUGAUCUAUGAUAAUGUCAGAGUUGAACCUACUGAUAUCAGUUUCAAACAAGCUAUUGAGUUCUCCAAGACCCACAAUCCAGAUGCAUUUGUUGCAGUUGGAGGCGGCUCAGUUAUUGAUACAACCAAAGCUGCCAACCUGUAUACGGCUUAUCCUGAUGCUGACUUCCUUGACUUUGUCAAUGCUCCCAUUGGUAAAGGCAGACCGGUUGACAAACCCUUGAAGCCACUGAUUGCUAUUCCUACUACAGCUGGAACAGGUUCUGAAACGACCGGUACGGCUAUCUUUGAUUACGUUCCGCUCCAUUUCAAGACUGGUAUUGCUCAUAGAGCUCUCAAGCCUCUGCUGGGUAUUGUGGAUCCGUUGAAUACCCGUUCCAUGCCCACACAAGUGCAUACUGCUAGUGGUCUGGAUGUACUGUGCCAUGCUCUGGAGUCAUACACCGCUCUACCCUACAGUGAGCGAACUCCGCGUCCUCAGAACCCACUGAACCGACCUGCGUACCAAGGAUCCAAUCCCAUCAGCGACGUUUGGUCUCUUCAUGCUUUGAAGAUGGUUGUAGAAUAUUUGCCCCGUGCCGUCAAGAAUCCAGAUGACCACGAGGCCCAAAAGCAGAUGCUACUCGCUGCAACCUUUGCUGGUAUUGGAUUUGGAAAUGCAGGUGUACAUCUUUGUCACGGGUUAAGUUAUCCUAUCAGUGGUUUGAACAAGUCCUACAAGCAUCCCGACUACGAUGUUGAUUAUCCUAUCGUGCCUCACGGUAUCUCUGUCGCUCUUACAGCACCUUCCGUAUUCCGAUUUACAGGUGCACUAUGCCCAGAUCGGCACAUUGAUGCAGCGGUAGCCUUUGGCGUAGAUAGAUCGUCUAUCAAACAGUCUACUGCUGGUCACGUUCUGUCGGAGCGGUUGACUCGUUUCUUGGAAGACCUUAAUGUGCCAAAUGGUUUAUCUGCAUUGGGAUUUUCAUCCUCAGAUAUUGGCGACCUUGUGAAGGGAACUCUACCGCAAGAACGUGUCACUAAACUCUCCCCCGGUGGCGCUCCUGGAGAAGAAGAACUUGCUUCUAUCUUUGAAAGCUCCAUGACCAACUAUUAAAAUUGGAUUCUGAAUGUUCGAUGCUUGUGAAUAAACACUAUGACGACUCACCUUAAGGAAAACCUCGUGCUUGCUAGAAA